AUGAACUCGACACAGCCGAUACAGAAUCCGGCGCAGCAGCAGCAAUUGCUGCUGCUGCAGCAACAGCAACAGGCAGCACAACAGCGGCUCGGGCAGCCGGUACUGCAGCAGCAAAUGCCACAGCAGCAACACCCAUUAAUGCCGCCCCACGGCCAUCCCGCAGCUCUGCAGCAGUCAAUGCUGCAGAAUCCCCAGCAAAUAACUGCGCAUCAGCAGCAGCAACCCCAGGUGCAGCAACAGCUGCAGCAGCAGUUGCUGCAGCAGCAGCAGCAGCAGCAGCCGGCACAUUUAAGCUCCCUUCACGGAAUAUCGCAGCAGCACUUCCCCCUUCAGUCGCAACCCAUGUCCAUGCAGCGCUUGCAGCAGCAGCAAUUUAUGCGGCGUUCUCCCGUGCAGCAGCAACUAGCACAGCAAGCACCGAUGCAGCUGACGCAGCCCCUACAGCAUCUGCAGCAGGUCCAUCCGCAAGAGCAGCAGCACGCGAUGUCCAGCCCACAGACGCACUUCUUGCAGCGGCAGCAGCAGCUUCACUCCGGGCAGCAGCAGCAUGGGCAUCACCAGCAGCAAGGAUGUUUGCAGCAGCCACCGCAGCUGAGCCACCAACAGUUGCAGCACCAGCAGUUGCAUCAGCUUCAUGCGCACCAUGCGCUACUUCAGCAGCAGCACGCGCAGCAUGGGGAUGCAGCUGGUCUGUCGCACCUGGGGACCCCCAAGAGUGGCAACAGCAGCACCAGCGCAGCUGGCUCGGGCAUGCUGCCAGUGCCUCCGUUAGGAAACCGUCCUUAUUCUGGCCGUCUCCACCCUCAGGGGGGAGGCCCCUCUUCUAGCAUCAUUCUUGCAGCGGCCCCUAUGGAGGCAGUGCAGAUAGCAGCGCGGCCAGGAAGUUCCUCCACAGUGGCCGAUCUAGUGAGGGAGGCGAUGGAGGCAGCGGAGGCAGCGGAGGCGACAGACCCCGAAACAGACUUCUACGGCGCAGCCAGAGAGGCAGAGCGGGGAUUUUCAGUUCAUGAUCUUUUGGACUUCACAGAAGACAUUGCGGCCCUCAUGGAGGCCUUCAUGAACCCCGAACUGGCUGUGGCGGCAGAGGCGUUGGAGCUUACCGUGCAGCUGGCGCUUGACUUCAUCGAUGAUCUUGUGGAGAAGGGAGUAGAGCAUCGGCGACAGCAACAAGAUGGGGUGCGGCGGCCUCGGGGAUCUCGUCGGCGUCUCCCUCAACUGCUUGCUGAGGAUUUGUUAGCUGCCCUACGCACGCAUCCGCGAAAGGAGUUGAGGUGCAAAGAGGCUCUUGACAACUACAGACUGUUAGAGGAUUUUAAGCUCGCCUUCCCAGAAGACAGAUACCUCUCCACCCCUGCUCAAGGACAGGCUCAGCCCCUCGUUUCCCCCGGAGGCAGCACAGCACCCCCAGGGCCCCAACCGUCGGGAUCCAACGUCGCCCCUCCUCAAGCCCCCCUUCAGGACCCGCCUGCGCCGGCUCAGCCACAGGGGCCCAACACCCCGCUCGAUAACGUAGCGGGGAGACAAAGGCCACCCGCUGCAGGGGCUGGCACGUCUACACACGUCGCAGAUCCCCAUGGCCUCACAGCGAGCCCAACAAUUCGAGCGCAGCGACACGAUAGUGCGACGUCUGAAAACCGUCCACGACCCACCCAGGCAGCCCCCAGUGGCUUGCCACUGAAUCCUUAA